AUGAUUUUCGGAAAACUGGAAAUGAUCAUUUUGGAUCAGGACUAUGGAGACGGGACCCGACUGCUUACCAGCGUUGGUGCUGCUGCUGUUGUCGGCUCGCUAUCAAGGUUAGAUCAGAAUCUGUUAUCCAAAAUCGGUUCUCCAGUAGGCACGGGGGAAAGAAAGCCGCAGGAUCGUAGAGAUGCUGCUAAAGGAGAAGCUCGAGAAAGCGAUUCUCAGGGUUGA